AGGGUGGAGAGCGAAGGGUAUGAUUUAGUUUGAUCUUCUACUGAAGCACCAACAACACAUCAGCAACCAUGGUUGAGUGGACAGAUAGUGAGCGCGCCAUCAUUACUAGCAUCUUCUCCAACUUGGACUACGAAGAGAUCGGCCGCAAGUCUCUGUGCAGGUGUCUGAUCGUGUACCCCUGGACCCAGAGGUACUUCGGCGGCUUCGGCAACCUGUACAACGCAGAGACCAUCCUGUGCAACCCCCUGAUCGCCGCCCAUGGCACCAAGAUCCUGCACGGUCUGGACCGGGCCCUGAAGAACAUGGAUGACAUCAAGAACACCUACGCCGAGCUGUCUCUGCUCCACUCUGACAAGCUGCACGUGGAUCCCGACAACUUCAGGCUGCUGGCCGACUGCCUGACCGUCGUCAUCGCCGCCAAGAUGGGCCCCGCCUUCACCGUGGAGACCCAGGUGGCGUGGCAGAAGUUCCUGUCUGUCGUCGUCUCCGCUCUGGGCAGACAGUACCACUAAGCUGAUAUUCAACAAAAUGCAGAUUUUCUUGAAUAAACAAAAAAUGAAAAAAAUAUAUAGCCUACUUUCACUUCGUUGUAUCCUCAUUUGUUACUGCUGCAAUGUUGGGGUGGCUGUGGUCCUUGGUACAACACGCUCAGCGCUGCCAUACCUCCCCAUGGCCUGUCGGCCUACACAUGUCAACAUCGUCCAAACAACGGUUUUGAUGCUUAAUGCUUGAUUUUUUUUUGCAGACAGCCAAUAAAAAAAUAAAAUAAAAGAACCAGGCAACCAUACAACCAACCAAACAAAUAAACAAACAAGCAAAUUACCUUAUUGUAAGAGCCAUACAGGCUGCGUCAUCCUGAUGGGUUUUUA